AUGCCUAGAAUACACAGAGCAAAGUUGUAUAGACCGCGGUUGCUAAUUUUGUGCUUUGUGCUUGCGGUGCUGGGCUAUUUUGGCCAUUUAUCACCACAAUCCACACUCAAACCCGGCGAGAAGGCGAGCGCAACGUUCUUGAUGGUGACCAGAAACAAGGAGCUCAGUUCGGUUCUCAAGACGAUAAGAUCUGUUGAGGACCGUUUCAACUCCAAAUACGGCUACGAUUGGGUUUUUGCGUCGCAUGAACCGUUUCAUGAGCACUUCAAGAUCGCGGUCGAAAACCUCAGUUCGGGGAAAGUCCAAUAUGAGUUGAUCGAAGCCGACAAAUGGGGCUAUCCUGAGCAUACAGACCAGGAAAGAGCGAAAAUGAUACGUGAAAAGAACAAACGUCGCCAAAUGCCCCACGGCGAAUCCGAGAGAUUCAGGCUGAAGAACCGGUACAUGAGUUACGAAUUUGCCAAGCUACCGGCUCUUUCCGGUUACAAAUACUACUGCCAUGUUGAGCCGUUUACAGAGCUAAAGUGCGACAUAGAUGAUGACUUUUUUGCAGCCAUGGAAAGACAGAACAAGAUGUUCGGGUUUGUGGAUGCCGCAAUAGAGCCGAAGUUUACUACCGAGUCUUUGUGGCAGGCUACAACAAGGUUCACAGAGGAAUAUAGCGCUCUAAUCCACGCGAAUAACUCAAUGCAGUUCGUGGCCGACAGGUCUGCACAACGGUACAGCCAAUGUACAUUUUCCACGAAUUUCGAGAUAGGGAGGGUGAGUUUCUUCAGAUCCAAAGAGUAUGCUCAGUUGUUCGAAUUACUGGAUCAAAACAACGGUUUCUUCUAUGAGAGAUGGACCGCUUCAAACAUACACACCAUUGCUGUUUCUCUUCUGUUACCACGGGAUGUUGUCAUGCAUGUCGACCCCACAGGCUAUACCGACAUUGAAGGCCACAUAUCUUGUCCACGGGUUAAGUCGGUUCAUUCCCAACACAAAUGCUACUGUGACCCAGAUGUGCAGAACGCGUGGAGCAGAUUCUCGUGUUUGCCCAAAUGGUACGCUUUCACGGGACUAAAGGAUAAUUACAACAUGGAUCAGGUGAAGGGGCUGGUGCCGCGGUUCAAGGCUCCAAAGAGAAAAAAUCGUUAUGACAAGAAAUAUCAAGAUACGCUGAAUGAGUUGUUUUUUGAUGAUGACUCCACUGAGUAUGACUAUGUUGAUAUUGACGAACAAGAAUAG